UCACUUCCGGUUAAAAUAUCGUGUCGUGCUGGACAUCUCUAAAUCAAGCCACAUAAAGAUUGGUUAAUAUUUGACCUACAGUAUUUAUCAACACAGCAAAGAGAAAACAGAAAGGAUAAUAGAAGCUUCACUCCUUAAGUUUUUUUUUCUUCUUCUUUACUCCGUUGAGAUGACGUUGUUUUAUUUCCUUUUUCCCUAGCCGGAACUCCGAAAAGCUAGGCGGAAGGAUUCGACUAGCUUCUACACAGUUUCUUUUUAAAAAGCGCUGCCGACUUUCGGGCCGCUCGUCUUCUUUGUAUUUGUGAACUGUUGCCAUUUGGCCUUUUGUUUUAGUGUUGGCCCUAAUUUAGAUGGCAAGCUUCCCGGACACUGUGAACGAAAAGGAUUUAGGUCAAGCUAAGUUCAUUGGUGAACUCCUUGUACCUACUGCUCCCUUCGAUCAGAAGUCUGGGCGUGAGGCUUGGAGUGUUGCUUUUUCACCCAAUGGUUCUUACUUUGCUUGGUCUCAGGGGCAUCGAAUAGUCAGACUCAUUCCAUGGACAAAAUGCCUAAAGAGCUUCUCUAUGAACCAUGGUGACGAAGAAACUGUUGCUUUAAAUCCUUGGAAUUUGUCCCGACAUAACAGUGACAGAAGUCAAACCAUUACUGUGGAUGAUGAUCCCCGUGAACAUACCUUAGACUGUGGUGACAUCGUUUGGAGCCUUGCCUUCGGCUCCUCUGUGCCUGAAAAAGAAAGUCGCUGUGUCAACAUUGAGUGGCACCACUUCAAGUUUGGUCAGAAUCAUUUACUUCUAGCAACGGGCCUUAAUAAUGGUCGGAUCAAGAUUUGGGAUGUUUACACUGGGAAACUUUUGCUGAAUCUGAUGGAUCAUACUGAUGUUGUGCGAGACCUGACGUUUGCUCCUGAUGGCAGCCUGAUGUUGGUGUCAGCAUCAAGAGACAAAAGUCUUCGCGUUUGGGACCUUAAAGAUGAUGGCAACAUGGUAAAGGUUUUGCGUGGGCAUCAGAAUUGGGUGUAUUCCAGCGCCUUUUCCCCUGACUCAUCCAUCUUAUGCUCCGUGGGUGCAGGAAAAGCAGUGUUCCUGUGGAACAUGGAUAAGUACACGUUGAUUCAGAAGCUGGAGGGACACCACAAUGAUGUGGUGUCCUGUGAGUUUUCACCAGAUGGUGCAUUGUUGGCCACUGCCUCUUAUGACACUAGGGUCAUAGUAUGGGACCACCACAACGCCACCAUUCUUCUAGAAUUGGGCCACCUCUUCCCUCCUCCCUCACCCAUUUUUGCUGGAGGGGCAAAUGACCGUUGGGUUCGUUCUGUGAGUUUCAGCCCUGAUGGUCGCCACAUUGCUAGCAUUACUGAUGACCGACUGAUUCGUUUUUGGAGUAUUGAGGAAAAGGCUCCUCAGGCUAUUGCUUUUCUUUCUAAUGGACUCUGCUGCUCCUUUUCAACCGAUGGGAAAGUCCUAGCUGCUGGGACUCGUGAUGGGAGCGUGCACUUCUGGGAGUGUCCCCGAAGCAUUGCUAGUCUGCAGCAUGUGUGUAGGAUGGCUCUUCGUAGGAUCAUGACAACUCAGCAGGUGGAGGCUUUGGCAAUUCCAACACCACUCCAAGACUAUCUCACCUACCGAAUGGUUUAACUGUCUGCUACAACUGACUUAUGCACUUAAUUAUGUGGAAAAACAAACUGUUUUUGAUUUUCCAAAGUCCUUUAUUAUUAAAUAAUAGCAAAAGAAAAAAUUGGCCUCACUUCACAUUGAAAUAAAUUACACUCCAUUGCAGAGAGACAGGAAAAGGUAAGCUACAAACCUGGGCAAAAACCCCAACAAAACAAUUUACACCAAUGAAGCCAUUGAAAAAGAAAACUCAAUGGAAGGUCACCCCCAAGGCCAAACAAAACUCCCUCUAGAGCCCAUACACAGUUUAACUUUUGAAGGUCGCCAAUCAUCUGAAAGUAAGUCAACUCAACAUUCAGACGGCUUCUGAGAAGAGAACAAAACAUGAAAAGGAAGUCCAUGCAACCAACGGACGGUUAACGAUUCUUCCUUGUCAACCAAGUUAAGACGUUAAGAAUUUGCAAAAAGGAAAUUAAGAAUCGUACUAACAUGUUUCCUCUGCACUGUCUAUCUUGAACCAAAAAUAAACGAUGGGAAAGAAAACACCUCCCCAAGCCUGCGACACCAGCCUGCCAGAAUACCAAACAAACCCCUUCACCUGUCACACCGAGUAACUAAAUGUGCAAGAGGUUCCAAUGCCUCGCAAAAAUAAAAAUUCUCUGCUUGAGUUGGAACAGCGUGUGUUCUGUUAUCUGUAGUUACAGCACAGUGACCAAUUCUCCCCAGGAGAUCAGCUGUGCGCUCUCAACAGUUGUACAGAGACCAGUAGUGUCCUUUCAGAGUACAGUCUGCGCUAAAAUCCUCAAACCACUCAGAUGCUCUCAUGUCCUUCAGCGACUUAAGAUGUCUGACUUUCACACAUCUGCUGUACAGAGUCUUUUUAGCCAUCGUCCGAAGUUCUCCAUCAACCCCACAUGGACUUCGAACCACCCCAGGCAUGAAAGCCACUGGUCUGGAUGUGACAUCAACUAAAAAGGGAGGUGUGACAAAUCCAGUGCUUACCAAUCCAAAAGAAAUCGCUAUGGAAGUGCUGCACCUUUGCAAGUAGAUCCCAGGGAGGGAAUGGAAACCGUAUGGUGUACCAAAGCAUCAAGGCCACGAGAUUAUUGGUUAUCAGGGUACUACAGUCUGAUCUCCUUUCUCAUUUUGUCAUGUUUCUUAAGCCUCUUCCAAAUUUUAAUGACAAGAAAGUGGUCACCCAAAAACUUCAUCCAAAAACAAGAGGAUAAAUGUGUAAACAUCAUCACCUUGAAGGAUUCUCUUCUAUAGAGGAGGUAUUGGAUUCGGCAUCAUACUGAUCACGUCCACUCAUACCACCCUGACUACAACCAACAUCCAAAUCCCAACCUACACCUUCAGAUCUAUCAGCUGUCAUCAUAUUAACAUCCAUAGCAGCAACAGCAGAACCCUGUCCACAUGCAGUACUCUGCUCCACAUGAGUGCCUUCUGCAGGAGGGGGACAGACCAUUACACUAUCACGUGCAACAUCGCACAGACGCCAACAAGCCUAAACAGGAAGGAAGCCUAAAGCCAUGCAAUGCAAUGUCUCAUUUAUCUCUGUAUUCUCUGUCACAGUCACACAGCCUUUGCUUUAUCAAACAAAUACAAGACUUUAUCGUAUAUAGAUACAAGUGUGUGCUUCUAUUUUUUUUAUUCUUUAGUUUGAAAGCUACUGUGGGCAGAGGAUACCAUAAGUCAUCUUAUGUUAGCCUUUUCACUUUGAGGUCGUUCAAGUGUUUUUCUGUCUUAACCUCGUGCAGUUUUCACGUUUAUCGGCGUAAAUACAGCUAUAAUCACCAAGUAAGUAAAACAACCAAUGUAAAACGUAAAUAAAUGAAGUUUACUUCCUUGAUUUAAUCUUUUGGGGUUUUUCUCUUGACAGUCUCUUGUGAAAGAUUAUUGUGCCAAGCUGUCACACCUAGAACAUUUUUUGGGAACAACUGUUAGAUGCAUUAUUCAUGCAAGCAUUUUCCAUUUAUUUCCUUCACUGUCCUAAAGAUUGCAAGGUCAACCAAUAAAGUUACUAACACUAAUGUAAUUAAGCGUUAUAGCAAAUGCUCUCCAAGAAGUCUGACCGUAUUCUCUGUUAUGCUCUUUCUGUAAUUAAUUUUAGAAUUUUUUUUCAUGAAGCUGUCCUCACUAAAAACCUAUUUUUGGAGACAUCCAUUUUACAUGUACAUUUAAAAAAAAAACCACGGCCUUCAACACAAAAGUGUGAAUCAUUUUUCAUAGUGAGACAAACCCUACACGUUAUAGAUACUUUUAUGCAUUUUAAAAAAAAAGAUAGACAAAUACAUGACUUGUGGAUAACCCCCAUAGUUGCAUUGCAUACGUCAUUUCAGAUCUGUAAUCAUCAACAUUUUCCCUGUUAACUUAGGUUAUAAACACUUCACUCAACUCUUUGAUGCCAAUAAAUCAUUUUAAAAUCCAACAUAUCAAGACAAGAGUAGAAGGAUCUAAACAAUAGUCUGCUUUCAUUGGAUAUUUGCUAGAACCCAAAAACACAUUUUAAAUGGUUUAUGCAGAUGCAUGGACACCACUUUUACUGGGAUAUGUGGAGGAAAUUUGGCUACAGACUAAUGCUUACUGUACUUAACAUGGUGUACAUUAAGGAUUGUUCACAUUUUGAUUGAAAAGAAAACCAUCAGCAAGAUGGAGCAAUCAGUGAACCUGUAAAAUAUCCAGUGUAUGAAUGUAAUAAAGCUUCUACAAUCUUUUUUGGUUUUAAUAUUUUAAUAAAGGCCUUUUACAUGGAAAA